AUGGGUAUCAGCAAGGAGCGAGUAACUCACCUCAAAGACAACUGGAAAUGCGUUCUUAUAUGCCUCGCUAUUGCUAUGGCGAAUUGCCAAUAUGGAUUCGACACGGCGACCAUUGCAGGCUUCCAAGCCAUGGUUGGCUUCCUGGAAAUAUUCGGAUACAGAGACCCGACGCGAGAACUUGGCUGGAAUAUCAAGACAAAGCCCCAACAACUGAUCAGCUCGCUAUUGAAUGUGGGUACCAUUGUUGGAGUCUUACUGACAGGCCCCUUUGCGCGACACUUUGGCCGCAAACCUGGCAUUUGGGCCGCCUCCCUCGUAUCAUUCAUUGCCUCUGGAGUCCAACUGGGAACCACCUCACUGAGUGGCCUCUACGCUGGCCGGGUCCUUAUCGGAGCAUCCAAUGGCUUCUUCAUUACAUUUGCCAACGUCUACACGGCCGAAGCCAGCCCGGCCCACUUGAGAGGUUUAAUCGUCUCAUUCUUUGGCGUCUGGGUCAACAUUGGCAGUAUUCUCGGGACGAUCGUGGACAACUAUUCCAAGGAACACCUAAACAAACUCUGCUACCAGAUCCCUCUGGCUACACUGUACGCGAUUCCUUUUUGCUUAAGUGUUCUCAUCGUUUUCGUUCCGGAAUCACCUCGAUGGCUUCUUGUCCAAAACAAACCCGAGCAGGCGAGACAGUCUCUGGUGAGACUUAGGGGUCAAUCCCUCAAGCCAGAGUAUCUAGAGGAAGAAUUCAUCGAGAUGAAGCGAGGAAUCGACGAGGAGAAAGAACUCGCGUCUUCAGGAGCAUUCGUCGACAUGUUUAAAGGAACCGAUCUGCGAAGAUCUCUUCUGUGCUUCGCUGUUAUUCUGUCUCAUUCUUCUUCCGGCGUCUGGCUUGUGAUUGCCUACGGAACAUUCUUCUUCCAGAUGGCUGGUGUCGACGAACCUUUCCAAGCCUCCAUCAUCUCCACCUGCGGCAGUUUUGCAGGAGUCCUGGUCGGACUUUACGCCACUCUGAAACUUCUCGGAAGACGCUCCAUGAUGCUCAUUGGCCACGGCGCUGCGGCCUUAUUCAUGCUCGGAAUCGCCGUCGCGUAUACCGUGGCACCGGAUGAAAAGCCGACCGGAAAAGCCAUCGUCGCGUGCACAUUGCUAUGGGGUUUCUUCUACAAUGGCUUCUCGGGAUCCCUCAGCUGGCCACUUGCCAACGAGCUCGUCAGCUCUAGGCUGAGAGUUCUUUCUAUCGGGGUCGGCACGGCCAUCAAUUACUUCUUCUCCUGGCUCGUGUCUUACACUGCGCCAUACUUUCUCAAUUCCAAAGAACUCGGUUGGGGGCCCAAGUAUGCUUAUAUCUGGGCUGGUUCAAAUUUCCUUACUUUCUUUUUCUUCCUGUUCUUCCUUCCCGAGAUGAAAGGGCGAACUCUUGAAGAAAUCGACGAAUUGUUCCAGAAUCGCGUCUCCGUUCGCAAUUUCCCCAAGUACGAGUGUAUCUCUUCAAGCAGGGCUAGGGAGAUCGCCGUCAAGGAAGUCCAUGCCAAUGAAACAUCUACGGAGAAGACGGCAAUUGCUGAGCAUUCUGAGGAGAUCAAGGUGUGA